GCGUCAGGUGCCCAUCGCAUCUCUCCCCUCCUCCCAACCACCUAUCCGGUCAAAUUGCGUGAGGGUCAAUCUUUUCUCAAGAAUCAAACAUGUUGGCCACCAAAGUCGGGGUCAACGGUCUCGUCGGCAGUGCGCUCAUCGCCGUCCUAACAUCUGUUUGUUCGACUGGCUUCUGUCUUUUCGGCUACGAUCAGGGCGUCAUGUCUGGUGUUGUCGUCUCCAAAUACUGGCUAGAUCAGAUGGGUAAUCCGAGCACGAUCAUGGUCAGCACGAUCACUGCUCUGUACGAUGUCGGGGCCUUCUUCGGUGCAAUAGUCGCUGCAUUCACCGCGGAGCCUCUUGGUCGCAAACGGACCCUCAUCACAGGCGCGACGAUUGUGCUAAUCGGAGCCAUUCUCAUGGGCUCGUGCGUAGAGAGAAUACAGAUGAUGGUCGCACGUAUAGUCGCCGGCUUCGGCGUUGGGUACAUCACCUCCGUCACCCCCGUGUAUCAGAGCGAGGUCACCCUGCCUGAGCAUCGCGGGUGGCAAGUCUGCUGCCAGCUCACCAGCAUGCUUGGUGGGCUGAUGCUCGCGUAUUGGAUCAACUACGGUUUUUACUUCCACGAUGGCCAGGCACAAUGGCGCUUCCCGUUGCUCUUCCAAUGCGUCUUUGCGCUUUACGUGAUCUUGGUCACCAUGUUCAUGCCGGAGUCGCCUCGGUGGCUCAUGCGCCACGAUCCCACACCAGACCGGGGCAUCCUUGUGCUCGCGAAGCUCCGCAACCUGCCUACGGACCAUGAGAUCGUAGUGCGUGAGGCAGAAGAGAUUCAGGCCGCGCUCGACUUGGAGAGCAAAGAGGAGGGUUCGUGGGCAGAUCUGUUCAAGGACAACGGAGUCAAAGGCGAUAAACGCUUCUAUCUGUCACUCGGUAUUCAAUUCAUGCAGCAGUUGACUGGUAUCAACAUCGUGACAUACUAUGCCCCGACGUUGUUCGAAAACAGCCUUGGCAUGUCUCAGGAGAUGUCGCUAUUCGUGGGCUGCUGGUUGCAGGUCUGGUAUCUUAUCGCAUCAUUCGCAACGUGGUAUACGAUCGACCCCGUUGGCCGAAGGAAGUUGUGGAUCAGCAUGGCCAUCGGGCAAGUGCUCGUGCUCGUGUCUGAAGCCAUCUGCGUCGCUGUGAACAAUUCUGCGUCAAGCAUUGCGGCGGUGUUCUUCGUCUUCGCGUAUGAGACGUGUUUCACGUGGGGUUGGAUGGCUACCGUAUGGGUCUAUCCUGCAGAGAUUCUUCCUUUGAAGAUCCGCGCAAAGGGAGCAGCGCUCGCUGCAGCCGCCGACUUCCUCGGAAAUUUUCUGGUUGUCGAGAUCACACCGCCGGCGCUGCAAAACAUCAAAUGGCGCACAUAUAUCAUAUUCGCAGUGUUUAAUGUCGUCAACGCUGCUAUCGUCUGGUCAUGCUACCCGGAGACGGCCGGCCAGACGCUCGAAUCCAUCGAUGACUUGUUCAGAUACGAUGACCCUUCUGAAACGCAUGGUGGGGUGCUUAGCAGGUUCCAAUGGUCGAUGGUGUCAAAGGCCGAGGCGAUUGUCAAACGCGUCAAGGCGGAACACCAAGCGGACGCAUCUGGAGUUGCACGUGAAGAGGGGGUGACCUUGCGGCAUCGGAACGAGUCGUCGAGUGUGGAAGAAAAAAAGAACUCCGCACAACAGAUCGAGAACGUGAACGUCCGUCAAUGACACGGUGGGUGUCCCUUCCAUGUUUUCGUGUCUAGAGGAGCAUUGUAUACUGCCAGCGAUCGUCCUUUACUGUACUCUGUCUCUAAUAGAUAGAACGAUAGUGAGGAUCAGAAUUGUAUGGCGCAAACCGCGACCGUUCCUGAUUUCAUUUUAUUCGCGUAAUAAAGUGCGCGUUAUCCGCGGC